AUGGAAAAGCCAAAGUAUGCGCGUAUACAGUCUUACGGAAGUAUGUGUUCGGCCAAAAGUGACGAUGAUAUGACUGUACACAGCCAGUUGUGGCCUUAUCCCAAGAAAAUGGUGAUCGAAAGAGAAAUAUUGUAUGAAGAAGAGCAUCCCCCAUUCCAGCCUUUAUUUACGACUACUAGAUUAUUUGGGAAGGCGAGAUUCACGUUCCUACUUGUCUUCUAUGUGAUUUUCUAUAUUGUAUACCUGGCGUCCGGUGCUCUGGUGUUCUCGGCUUUAGAAGCGCCGGUGGAGAAUCAGAUACGACUCGACGUGAUUAGAGCUAAGGCAGACUUCAUGGCACGUCAUCCUGAUAUCACAGAUGAUGAUUUAGAGUCGCUCCUUGACGAGGUGGUGAGAGCGAGCAACCGUGGUGUGGUCGCUUCUCGCAACGUCAGCGGCGGACCCAAUUGGAGCUUCGGACAGUCUUUGUUCUUCUCUUCCACUGUCGUUACCACCAUCGGCUACGGACAUGUAACACCUCUCUCAAAGCCAGGCAAGCUCUUCUGCAUGAUGUACGCACUCCUCGGUAUUCCUCUGACGCUGGUGCUGCUGUCUGCACUGGUAGAACGACUGCUCCUACCAGCGACUGCACUGCUCAGGGCCCUAAACGCAUCUUUAGGCCACUUGUACAGACCAUUCACUAUACGACUUGUGCAUUUGAUGAUCAUUGUGACAACACUGGUGGUGUUCUUUUUGGUCAUACCGGCUAGCGUGUUUGCGUACUUGGAGCCUGACUGGGACUUCCUAGACUCGUUCUAUUACUGCUUCAUCUCUCUGACGACCAUCGGACUCGGGGACUACAUCCCCGGAGAUGCUCCUGGACAAGUCUACCGACCCAUCUAUAAAGUUGCUACAACUUUCUACUUACUGAUUGGCUUGACGUUCCUGAUGCUGACUCUGACUGUCUUCUACGACAUUCCUCAACUGAACUUGAGCACGGUGUUCUCCUCGGUCAAACUUGACGAAGAUCCAGAGAAGAUGCGACUCAGUGGUUCUGGAGUAGUGGUGCCUGGUUACGGUAUGGGUGGACUUAUGAUGAGGGAUGAUUACAACCGUCACGAUCAACGCCGCUCCGUCGUCCAUAUUCGUCCACAUCUUGAUGAUAGCCCGAGCCCCGAGGACACGACCCCGGUCCACGCGAGAGAUAUUCGCGUUCACUAA